CCGCCACUUACUUGAUGUAUCUGCUCAGGCGUGGCUGAUCUUGUAGCCGCGACGAAUGCCUCAAAAAGCUAAGAAAAAAAUCGCACUGAAGCACUUUAGCCAGCUAGCUAGCACGCUAGCUGAUCUUCAUAUGUGAUUCCUGUGAAAGGGAUAUCAGGACAGGAGGUCGUAGUUCAUGGAAGACAAGAAAAGGAAGAAAGACGACAAAAGGAAAAGGGAAACCUCUCAGAAGGUUGCAGAGCAAAAAAACAAAGUGUCAGACGUGAACAAGCCGGCGUCGUCGCAGCCUCCGGCCGCCCCGAGCAGCUCUGCCUCCCCCAGCCCUGGAUCCACCCCCUCGGCCUCGCCCUCCCCAGCUGCCCCGAGUCCUGGCAGCGCCACCGCCCCGGCCCAGGCCGCCAACAAUGCCAAGCGCCCGGUGGUGGCCAACGGACAGCCCCCCUCCUCUGCCGGUGCCCCUGGGCCCCCUGGGAACGCCGGGGCCGCAGCCCCGCAGCAGCAGCAGCGCUACAUGCCGCGAGAGGUGCCACCUAGAUUCCGCUGCCAACAGGACCACAAAGUGCUACUGAAGAGGGGCCAGCCGCCACUGUCCUCCAUGCUGCUGGGGGGAGGAGGAGGUGGAGGAGGAGGAGGAGGAGGAGGAGGAGGAGGAGGAGGAGGUGGUGGUGUGGGAGUUGGUGGUGGUGAAGGCCCCAAUGCAAACAUGGCUGCUGCUUCAGAUUCCAGUGCAGCUGCAGUGUCUCUGUCCCUCAACUCAUCAGUCGCUGCUUCAACUACUACUUCUAAUUAUGCAAAUUCUAUGUGGGGGACAGGCUCUGGAAGCCAGACCUCCGCUCAGGGCAGGGUGAUUGUGGACGGGAACAACCUGGAAGAGUGGCCCAGCAUCGCCAGCGGUGACGGCGGUGGCGGCGGCGGCGGGGGAUCCUCGGCCGGCCUGUCUGUCGGCGGCGGCGGCGGCGGCGGCAACAACAACAACAACAACGGAAUGCUUGUGAAAAGCAGCAUCAGUGCCUCUGGUAGCCAGCCCCCACCCAGCUCCUCGUUCCCUUUGCCCAAUGAAUGUAUGCAGUCGUCCGGCGGUGUGGCGUGGGGGUCGGCUGCCCCCCAGGGUCCGCUGGGAGGAGGUGCUCCGGUGGCGGCUGGGGGGCCUCUGCUGCAACCGCCUUCCUCUCUUUCCAAAGCCCCCGCUGCACCAGGGAGCCAUGACGCCGCCGGCCCCCUAGAGGGCAGCAGUGGGAUUCCAGGUGCCAACUUCAACCCAAAUGCCAACCCUUCGGCCUGGCCUGCCUUGGUGCAGCAGGACGGCACCCCCGCCGCGGGGGAAGGGGGGCAGUCUUCCCUCAAUCACCCAGGUCCCAGUGGGUCUCUGUCUGCCAACAGCACCGCCCCCCUCGGCCCCGGGCUGGGGCCGGGCGGCGUGGUCGGGGUGCUGGGGGGUCACCCACCUUUAUCUGUGAAUCAAUCAAACGCCCAUCAGCACCAACUUCACCAAAUGCAAUCCAGAGACAGAGAGACGGGCGGGGGGGGGAAGUGGGAGGGUGGAUCAGUAGGACCAAAAAUGGCCGCCGGGGAGCGGGCGGGCGGUGUGGACUGUGAGGCGGGCGGGGCGGGGCUCGGCGGCAGGGGAGACCCCGGCCUCGCCUCCUCGUGGAGGGGCCAGCCUCCUUACCCCGCCGCCGUCUCCAAAACGGGUGCCUCAAGGACUGACGAGUGGGAGGGCGGCGGCGGAGGAGGAGGAGGGGCCUUCGGGGCCGCCGACGGGGACAACGGCACCUCGGGGUGGGGGUUCCAGGGUUCCGCGAGCGGGGCCGGCGCGUGGGGCGCGGCCGGCAGCGGGGGGGAGAGCAGCAGCAGCAGCAGCAGCGUGCAAGCCUCUGCGGCAUCUCAGGGAGGGUGGGGCUCGAGUGGCGCCGCGGCCGGAGAGAGGGCGGUGGCGGCGGGCGGCGACUGGAGUGGCGGCGGCGGCGGCUCUGCUGCUGUGGUCGGAGCCAAUCCAGGAGGGGAGGGGCAGGGCGGAGCCUGCGGCAGUAAUGGCAGCAGUAGCGGGAGCAGCGCCGGAGGGGCCCCGCCCCCCACCUCGGCCUGCUCCCCCACGGCGCCCGCCAUGAGCAGAGCUUGGGACAAUCAGAGGGGGGAGGCCGGCGAGACCGGGGACUGGGGAGGGGGCCAGGGGGGGCGGGGGGGGUCCUCGUCGAGUGGCGGGAAUUCCAGGAGCGGGAGUGGACCUCACGGCGGCCACUCGCGGGCCCACCGCCCGGCACCAAACGCUGAGGCUGCCUUACAGAACCUGCUCAGCCGCUCGGACCUGGACCCCCGGGUGCUGUCCAACACGGGCUGGGGCCAGACGCAGAUCCGGCAGAACACGUCCUGGGACCUCGACGCGGAGGGGAAACGUGUUGCGGCAGGAGGAGCAGCAGCAGCAGGAGGAGGAGGGGGGGGAGGAGGGGGAGGGGGAGGGGGCAGCAGAAGCGGCUCCUCGUCCUCGUCGUCAUCCAAACACCAACAAUCCAGUAUAAGUUCUUCGUCUUCUUCUCAGUAUUCUGCUGGGCCGGGGGCUGUGGCCGCGGACUCGAUGGGCCCCGGGGUCAACCCGUCUGCGGGCUCCUCGGGGGAGGGCUGGGAGAGCAGCAACAGUAGCAGUAGCGGAGCCUCGGCGUCCGGGAGGGGGCAACCGCCCCCCCCAGGCCCACACAUGAGGAAUCCCGGCGUCUCACAAUCUAGCGCCAUGAGCGCGCCCAUGGGAGCGGGGGGGAUGGGGAGCAUGCAUAGCCAGCAGGGGAAGCCCACAGGCUGGGGGGGUGGUGGUGGUGGGAGAGGCAUGGGGGCCGGGGAAGGCCAAGGAGCCAAAGGUUGGGGAAAUGAGGAGUGGAGAGGCAAUAGAGGAGGAGGAGGAGGAGGAGGUGGUGGUUGGGGUGAUCAGGGUCAACAGGGUACCCCAGCCAGUGGAGGCUGGGGUGAGAGCCAGGAGGAGAAAGGCGGAGGCUGGAGGGAGAUGGGUAGAGACGGAGAAGGAGGAAGAGGCGGUGGCGGAGGUGGUGGCGGUGGGUGGGGUUCAGGGCAGAGGGGUGGGGGUGGUGGAGGAGGUGAGGAAUGGGGAGAGCCCAAAUCUAACAGUGGCGGUGGAGGUGGCGGCGGAUGGGGGGAGGAAAGGAAGGACAUUGGAGGAGGCGGCACUGGAGGAGGAGGCACUGGAGGAGGAGGAGGGGGAGGAGGGGGUGGAGGAGGGCGAGUAUCAGGAUCAGGCGGGGAUUCAGAUGUAGGAACAUGGGGGAGCUGGGACGAGGCUGGCCCCCGUAGAACCUGGGGGGGGGGUGGUGGAGGUGGAGGAGACGCGGGGCCCAACAAGCCCCACCAAAGCUGGAGUGGAGGGAACGUGGGAGGAAACAAAAUGCACCAGAUGCCAAACAGCCAGUCGGGCGCCAUCAAGGGCCCGGCGGCACCACUGCAACAGCAACAAUCACAGCCGCGCAAUCAGCAGCAGCAGCAGCAGCAGCAGCCGCCGCCGCCGCAGCACGCUCUGGACCAGGGGGCUAUGCAAGGAGGCUGGGGGCGACAGCCUGCCUCCCAAGCCCAGAAUCAGAACCAAAGCUCAGGCUGGACCUCGGGGCCCAUGCCCAGUGGCCCCGCUGGAGGUGGAGGAGGAGGAGGAGGAGGAGGAGUUGGUGGAGGCUCGGAGCCCAGUGGCUGGGAGGAGCCUUCGCCGCAGUCCAUCAGCAGGAAGAACGAGAUUGACGACGGCACGUCAGCGUGGGGAGAUCCGACCAAUUACAAUUACAAGCCGGUCAACCUGUGGGAUAAGAACAGUGCACCUGCGGGCCAACCGCCGCCACCGGCGGCACACGGCACGGGGCCUGGCCCAGCUCAGGCCCAGCAGCAGCAACAACUUCAACAGCAGCAGCUGCAGCAGCAGCAGCAGCAGCAGCAGCAGCAGCAGCAGCAGCAACAACAACAACAACAUCAACAGCAGCAGCCACCGCAGCAGGGACCUCCAGUACAGCAGCAGCCCGCUAGACAAGCUGCAGCGCCGGCUGGGAAUAGGGACAUGAACCCUGGUCACGGGUCCGGGAAAGUUACGAAUAUCGGUCCGUCCGGCUGGGGAAGCACGUCACCCAACAGCCCCCCUGUGGACAACGGUACGGCCGCCUGGGGGAAGACCACAGAGGCCCCGGCUACCUGGGGUGACCCUGGGGAGACGGCAGCCAAGACUUCGGGCUGGGGGAACCCCUCUGCCAACCCCGUCAAACCUGGUGUAAAGUCUAUGCAAGAUGGAUGGGGGGAAGGAGAGAGCUCUGUGGCGGCCACCAGGCACUCCAGUUGGGAGGAUGAGGAAGAUGGGGGGGGUAUGUGGGACAACACCGGCUCCCAGGGAAGCGGCUCCUCCUGGGGCCAGGGAAGCAACGGUGGCUGGGGCCAGGGUCACGCCCCCAAGAAACCCAGCAACAAGGGGCCAAUGAAGGGGCCAGGCGACUCCUGGAUGAACCCCAUCAACAGACAGUUCUCCAACAUGGGGUUGCUGGGGGAGGACCCCAGCGGCCGCAACAUGGACCUCGCCCCCGGGCCCGGCCCGGACAAGAAGAUGGAGGCGGAGAAGCGGGCCAUGGGCAUGAGCGACUACAACGGGGACAUGCGGAAAGGCGGGCGCGGAGGGCCCAUAUCCUACCGGUCGCCCGGCCCCAAGGACGUGGGGCCCUCAGAUCCCGGAUCCUACUACGACAAGGACGGUUACCUUGGGGACGAGGGUCAUGGCUCUCUAUACUCUCCGCCCACUGUCUUCAAGUCCCACCCCCUCUACAACCACACUAUCCCCCUUAGACAAGGCAGUCACAACAUGUUUGGCCUUGCCGGAGGGGGCGUGGCCCAGUCCAGGCACCAACCCAGCGUGCCGCCCAUUAACCCUUCCCCAGGGAUACGAGCGCAAGUGCCUCAUCAGUUCCUGUCACCACAGGUGCCAGGCUCUAUGCUGAAGCAAAUGCCGCCUCCCAGCGGGGUUGUAGGAGGUGUGUCGGGGGUCGGGGGAGGCGUGUUCCCCCCUCAGCUGUCCCCCCAGCAGAUUGCCAUGCUCAGCAGCAUCUACCCCCCCCACAUCCAGUUCCAGCUGGCCUACCAGCUCCUUCUCCAGCAGCAGCAGCAGCAGCAGCAACAGCAGCAGCAGCAGCAGCAGCAGCAGCAGCAGACACCCCAGCAGCAGCUGCUCCAGAACCAGAGGAAGUUCCCCCAGAACGUCCGCCAGCAGGCCGACCCACAGCAGCUGGCCAGGAUCAUGGCCGUGCUCCGUCAGCAGCAGCAGCAGCAACAAGUCGGGGUUCUUGGGGGCGGCUCCAAGCUGUCCCCCUCCCACCUCGGCGUGGGAGUGGGCGGCCCUAAGCUCCCUGGCGUGGAGUCUCUGGGCCACGGCGGGCUGGGUGGCUCGGUGGCCGACAUGCACCCCAAGACCCACGGGGGCUACUCUGGGUUUGGCUCUGGGGUCAACCUGUCUGGCCUGGACAUCGGGGGCUCUGGGAUGGGCGGCCACGGGGGGAUGAAGGACAUGGGGGGCCAGCAGUCUCGCUUCAAGUGGAUGAUGGAGGGCCACUCGCCGCCCGACUCGGUCACUCCCGAGAGCAUGCUCCACAAAAAUGGUCCUGUUACCCCUAUGAAGAUGCCCGGGGGCUCCCCUUACUCCCAGUACGACAUGGGCGGAGACCCCCUAGGGGACAACUGGCAUCGUACCCCUGGCAACAAGAUGGCAUCCAAGCCUGCCUCCACCACCAGCUGGCCUCCAGAGUUCCAGCCCGGCGUACCCUGGAAGGGAAUCGACCGGGUUGACCCCGAGUCUGACCCCUACAUGACCCCGGGGAGCAUGAUGGGCAACGCCAGCUCCCCGAACCUCAACGACUCGGACCACCAGUUGCUACAAGAUAAUGCAGAUUCUACCCCUUCCCUGAACACCUUGCUGCCUUCACCUGGUGCCUGGCCUUACAGUGCCUCAGACAGCCCCCUCAACAACGCACAUAAUUCAGUAAAGUACACAGAUUACAAGGCCAGCUGGCCCCCAGAGCCCAUUGGACACAACAAACCCUGGAAAGCUGGGAGCCGCAGCAGCCAGCUCAACCAGAACCAGCUGUCCCGCCCACCGCCUGGCCUAGCCAGUCAGAAGCAGCCGAUGCCUUCGCCCUGGUCUGGGGGAGCCCCGCGGUUGUCUGCCAGGGGUUGGAGCUCGGGCAGCAGCGCGUCCACAUGGAGUGAUGGCAGUGCACGAGGAAGCUGCUGGUUGGUGCUCAGUAAUCUCACGCCACAGAUCGACGGCUCCACCCUGAGGACCAUCUGCAUGCAGCACGGCCCCCUGCUGACCUUUCACCUGGGCUUGACCCACGGCACGGCCCUGAUCCGCUACAGCUCCAAACAGGAAGCGGCCAAGGCCCAGAGCGCGCUCCACAUGUGUGUCCUGGGCAACACCACCAUCCUGGCGGAGUUUGUGAGCGAGGAGGAGGUGGCCCGCUACAUUGCACAUUCCCAGGCAGGAGGAGGAGGAGGAGGCGGCAGCGGGGGGGGAGGAGCGGUCGGCUCCUCUGGCUCGGGCCCCAUCGGGUCUUCCUCCAUGGGGGGCAGCAGUAACGGCGAGAGAGGCGGAGGAUUAGAAGGAGGAUCUGCCCUGGGCGGAGGCUCGGGAGGCGGGAACGGAGGCCCCGGGGCCCCUGGCUCCGGGUGGCAGAGCCUCGACGGUACAGGCAGCUCACAAGACCCACCGGCCCCCCAGGGGCCCGGCCUGGGCAUGUUCGCGCCCUGGAGCACCAACGGGACGGUGGUGGGCGGCGGCGGUGGCGGUGGCAUGGAGAGCGGGCGGCAGGGUCUCUGGGGGGGCAUGGGUGGGUCGGGGUACUCCAGUGGCAGCCUGUGGGCCUCCCCGGCCAUGGACGACCGGCACCAGAUGGGGAGCCCGGCCGCACUGCUGCCAGGGGACCUGCUAGGGGGAGGCGGUGACUGAUACACUCACACACGUAUACACAAACAUGCGUACACACAGAUUCAACCCUUGGUGUAACUUAAAGGUUUGUGAAUUUGUAAUUUAUUCACAUGAAUGGAUAACAUUGAAUUCCAACUACACUGGCCACUGAUGUGCAGAUACACUGUCUCUAUCGCACACAAAAACAAACACACACAUACACACACACACACACUUAUGUACACACACAAACGUUUAUGCACAAGUUAAUUUCCACAUACAUCUACCCGCUUUACCUUUAAAAUGAAGACGUCAAACUAUCAAAACUUGAAGCUGAAAAUGGUAUAUAUAUCUAUAUUAAAAAAAAGGUCCUUCCAUACGGGCGGGAGAGAGACGACUGGAUAGCGCUUCUCUCCUACAUGCCGCUGCCGCCAUCUCCAUCCAGAGAGAGAGAGAGAGAGAGAGAGAGAGCCCACCACUCAGGCAUGUGCUCCACGGAACGACUCCAGCCACGAGUCGCCUGUGAACAAGUUCAGCUCGAGCUGUUUUUAGUGUGCCACAAAAUGUUUUGUAUUACUAUUUAAUGGUUGAAUCUCCACGACAACAGGAAAAAAAAAAAAAUGAUUACACAACUUGCGGACUGAGCCUUCGUAGAUCUGGGUUUUUGGCGUGCCUGCGAGUUUUCUUCCCUAGCCCCUGCCCCGCCCCGCCCCGCCCCCGCCCCGCCCCGCAUCCCUACCCCUGAGUUUUUAAGCCUGAGAGCUAGAAAGAAAAAGGAAUAAAAAGGAGGUAGGGGUGGGGACCAGAGUUUGGGGGUGGUGGGCGGGGUCUCAUAGGAACAUCAGCAGUACGCGACAGUGGCUGCGGCUUCCCCCACCCCCAUCCCCCUUAACCAAUGCUGCAGCAGCAUUUAUGCUAGGUACACACAUACACACAUCUACCUUGGUUGAGAUGGAUGGCAUCGCCAUGGCACCCAGGGUGCAAAAACAAACAAAAAAAACAUUAGCCAAACUUGCACUGUUGAUGGCUCUGGGUACCGCGGGGACCCGUCGUGUGGAACUCCUUCCAUUUGUUGUUGUUUGGUGUUACUUUUGUUGUUUUAAAUGGACCCAGAACUACACACAGCGACAUCGCUACUACUCAGACCUUUCCAGUGGGAGGUGAUUUAAAAUCAACAGAGGCCUUGGUCAAUGUCCCGGAACCCUUCCAACCCUAGUACCCGCAUCCCCCCCCCCCUCCCCGACUAUGAGAUGAACCGUGUCAGGUCAUUUGCAUUCUCACCAGUAACACUGCUCUUAAAAAAAAACAAAAAAAGAAAAAAAAAAAAAAAGUUGGCAAGCUUAAUUUUUAUUUCCUGCUAAGCGUGUUGUCCAUUUGUUUAUCGUUUUAAGACGUAAAAUAACAUUGUGGAAUCCGACCCCCCCCCCCUCCUCCCACACCCCUUACCUAUCCCCCACUUUUUCUUUGUCCCCCCCCCCCCCCCUCUUAAAACACUGACCUCAUAGGGUUACGUCGCCACCUAGUCUGUCACGUGAAGCGCCGUAACAUUGGCACUACUUCAUGUCACUUAAUUUGUUCUGUUUUUUAGCAGUUUAUUUUUUGUUUUUUGUCAAGGUUAUGUUCUGUUUUCUUUUGGUGUCCAAAUGCAAUAAAGAAUGUGUUUGAUUUAUUAUUUCAUUUUUUGUCUUCAUUAAGAAGCAACCAAUUUGAAGGCAUUUGUACGGAGAUGCCCGGAUGCGUACCCACACCGAGCUGAGCUGGAAAAAGGUGUUUUAUAGACACGUUUAAGACGUUACCUUAUGUUUUGUUAUUAUUUUCUUUGUUUUUAUUUUAUGUAUCAAUUUAAAUUAAGUCUGUCUUUGUUAUCACUCCUGUUGAGGAUCUUUUUGUUUAUCUCAGAUGUUACAAAAAGGAAAGGAAAUUAUUUAAAGCAGAAAAGAACAAGAUAAUAAAGGUUGAAUUCAA